AUGCGGGUGUGGGAAGGGGUGCUGCAAGAAGCAGUUCCGUCCCUGCGUAUCGAUUUGGACAUGCCUGGGGGGCUCAAAGCAAGCGCCCGCGCCGCAUCAACUUCGGUUGUCACAGACGACUGGGCUGACAAAAGGCCCAAUGUCAUCGCAUCUCGGAAAGCACUGGCAGCACAGCAUCGCUGGGAAGUUGCUCGCCCUCCACCUAUUUUCUUAUCGAUCGGCGUCCGCCAUCCUAACCAGAUUCAGCUGGACAUUGCAAUCAGGGAGCAGGAGACAUUGCAGAAGCUCUUUGACCUGGUAAACCAGGAGAUCGAGCGCUUCGAUGCGGGAAAUACUGUAAUCGCGGUUGCUCAGAUUCCCAAAGUGGAACAGGACCCGCACCUUCUGCCAUUCUGGCACAAUCGGGCUUGGAUGGAGCUUCAGAAGCGCGUGAAGAGCUCCAUGUCGCGACUUGAGCCGCGAGGCUUGUCCAUGCUGGCAUAUGCUUUGGCCAGAAUCAAAGAUUGGGAGGACCCAUCUAUGCUCCAAGCACUGCUAGACAAGUCUUUGGCAAAGAUCGAUGAUUUCGGCCCGACGGAUGCUGCUAAGCUCGCAUGGGUUUUGGCAAAGCUCCAGAUCCGCGAGCGUGGAGACCUCUGGAUAGCGCUAUCCAAAGAAGCGGCACGCAAGAUUUGCAACUCCGGAAGAUUCAUCGAUAUCUCCAUGACGGCUUGGGCAUUCGCAAAAGCCGGUAUGGCAGAGCGAGUGCUUUUUGGCCAGCUGGCUUCGGCUGCAAUGGAUUGUAGUGACCUGCCGCCGCACACCAUUGCAAACUUGUGCUGGGCUUUUGCGAAGUCCAAGAACCACAACCCGCCUCUUUUCGACAUGCUAGCAAAGCGUGCGAUCGAAUCCUAUUCCUCGUUUGAUCGUCAAAGUGUGUCCAACUUGGUUUGGGCAUAUGCGACACUCGAUGUUUGCCACGAAGAGUUGUUUGCAGUCUUUGCGAACUACACCAUCGAAAGCGGCCUUUGGCGGCACUUCUCUCCACAGAUGGCUUCCAACAUGUUGUGGGCGUAUGGGAAGGUCGGCAUUGCCCACAUGCGUCUCUACGACACCUUCGCAGAGUUCAUCUCCAUGAACAUCGACCUUUUUGACAACCAGAACAUCGCAAACUCUGCAUGGGCAUAUGCAACUACACAACUCCCCAGCAAAGAGGUGUUCGACACUCUGACGUGCAAAGCCUGUGGACGAUUGAGUACCUUUCGCCUGGAUGAGUUGUGCGGGCUCAUGUGGGCCUAUGUCAGAGCGAAGCCAGACACUGUUGCAGCGAGUAUGAUCUUUGAAGAGUGCGUGGAGUUGCUGCAACCUCGAGUGGCAACGCUGGAUGCGCAAAGUGUGGCAAACGUCAUUUGGAUCUUGGCUACUUGUCAGCAGCUUCGAGGGCAGCCGGUUCCUGGCUCGCGAGGUCUGGUUGACAGUCUCAUGGUAGCUUUGUUGGACCUUCGUGUCCGGUUGGAUUCCGAGGGCGCUGCUCAGGUGGUUUGGUCACUGUGGCGCAUGGGUCGCUUCCACGAUGCUUGGACGCUUUUCGUCCGCACGCUCAGCGACGGCCGCCAUCCGGAGCAUGGAAAGACUGGCUACACAAAAAAGCAUGCAGUCGAUGGACGGCAGCGUUACUAUCAGACGCUGCUCAUGGAGACCGAGCGCCGAGGAGAUGUGCAGAAGCAGGUCUUUCUGUGGAAGCAGAUGGCAGCCGAUUUCUAUUCGCGAAAUCUGCGCACCGCGUGCCUGAACUGUGCCAGGGGCUGCAACGAGUGGGAUGCAACUGGUGACCAACUGGCAUGCAUAUGUGCAAGAAUGUGCCGCAGAAUGACUGCUGAUAUCCUCGUUCAGCUCAUUCUAUAUUCAGAUCUCUCCACUCAGAAGAACGCAGUUGCAUCCAUUUUGUUGGUCCUCGUCCUUCUUCGAUCUUUACAUUAUAUAAAAUCAAUCCAUGGAAGAUUUGUACUUUGCUGGAUUCAAGUUCGUGCGAGUUUGUCUGUUGACGGAGACAGCUACGGUCCCGUUGCUGUGGUGUGGGGCAGCCCUGUACCCGUGAAGUGCUGCAGUUCUGUGGCUUUCUUGCCAACCCUGUUUGUUGCAGACUUGAGCAGGGAUACAUUGUGA